AGAUGUCUGACUCACUCACUGGAUUGGCGCUAAAAGCAGCGUCAGCUGGAAAAGGGCUCUACAAACAUGGCAAGAACGCCGUUUUGAACACCAGCGAUAUUGUUGUCAAGGUCAAGGAAGCAACCAAUAGCGAUGCCUGGGGACCGUCAGGCACUGCCAUGGGCGAGAUUUCUGAUAUCAUGAGCUCGAGCCCCGAAGAGAGAGCUCAAGCACUCGCCAUGAUAUGGGAGAGGCUACGGGAAGUCCCGGAAAGAUGGCGAAAGGUGUACAAAGCUCUUACACUGAUCGAGUAUCUUUGCAAGAACGCCUCCAGAAGGGUGGUGGAGGAUAUCAAGGACAACCUUGACAGGAUAGAGGCAUGCAAUCACUUCAGGUUUAUUGAAGCGCAGUCAGGCAAAGAUCAAGGGAUCAAUGUAAGAGAAAAGUCCAAGUCUCUCAUUGAGCUCUUGAAGAAUCAAGACAAGCUUACAGAACAAAGAGAGGCUGCAAAGAGGUCCAAGGCACGUUUGGGAAACUUUAGCCAUGAUGACAACUUCAACGUCAAUGGAAGCUCAUCGGACAUGGGCGAUGAAGACUGGGGGUAAGAGAUUGAGCCCGCGGCACAGGACGGCGUCUAGCUCCAAGCCAGCAACCUUCAACGACGACGACGAUGAUUGGGGACCAGAUCCUCAUACCGUUCGAGCACAAAAUAAGAAUUUGAACGUGCAGAUCAAGUCCUCUGACGAACGGACGGAGAAUCACGCUCCUAGCUCUGCGCCACAGAUCACUCCCCC